AUGCGACGCCCGCUUGACUGCCAUGUAAGAAGUGGUUGCCCGACACGGGCUGCUACUUGUUUGACAGUAUGUGGAUUUUACUGCCUGCUGGGUGCCACCAUCUACAACUUUCUGGAGCCAGAGUGGAACUUCACUGACUGCCUUUAUUUCAGUUUUGUGACCACAACCACUGUUGGCUAUGGAUGCCUGGCACCCACCUCCACAGGGUCCCGAGCCUUUACCAUGGUCUAUGCCUUCUUCUCUGUACCGUUUAUCACGGGGACCUUGGCAGAGUUCCAGCGAGCGUGGCUGUCGCUCUGUUUCCGGGCAUGGCGUUGGAUGCUCAGCCGUUGCCUGCCGACAUCGGAGGUGGGGAAUUGGAUCCACAUCGAGGAGUCGCAUGUUUGGGUUCUGUCGGCGGUGCACUUCUACUUCUGGGGCAUUGUGGAGCUGGCCACAUUUCUUGCUGCCACUGCCUCGAUGAUGAUGCUGAUCAUGUGGGCGCUUUUCCGCGGAGUGCCGGGUGCUUUCGUCAGCACGCUGGAGAACACAGAGGCCUUUCAAAUGGGCUUGUUUGACAGUAUAUAUUACUUCGUCAUCACGUCCACUACUGUCGGCUACGGAGAUGUAUGCCCUCGCACGGCCACAGCAAAGAUGUGGUCAAUCAUAGUUGCCAGUUACGGCAUUGGGUUGAUUAUCAUGUGGGCUGACCACCUGAAUCGUUUGUGGCAGACACGGCAGCUCCAUCUGAGAGAGGCUCGAAUCCUCCAGCGGGAGCUGGAUCCGUCUUUGAUCGAGGAGUUUGAUGUGAGCGGUGACGGGCAGGUCACGGAGCUCGAGUAUGUCCUGGCCAUGCUGCGGUCCUUGGAGUUGGUCAACAUGGACGUCGUGGGGCCCAUUCUCGAUCGUUUUAACGCGUUAGACAAGGAUGGGAACGGUGUCCUAGAUCGCGACGACCUGCAACGCCUGCUGCUGCGACGCUGUGACCAGAUCGAAUCCCAGCACAGUCGGCCAAGGCUUCGCCGCAUGAGCCGCCGCUUUAUCGGGAGGACUGGGACUUUCAACAACCAGAUUGCGCGCACUUCGAGUUCAAGAGUGGAGGAGGAGGAGGAGGACGCAACCAAGGACGCAACCAAAAGCACUUAUAUCUAG